AUGGAAAUCUGACCGGUGGCUUAAAAGCCAUUUACAAACCUCAUCAACCACAUUAAUAUAACUGUCAACAUUAGAUGAAUAUAACACUACCUAAUCCCUGUAUUGAUAGAAAUUUAAUUUAAAAUGGUCUCUAACUUUCUAGAUUGCUUCCUGUCAAUCGUCAUUGCUUGUUUUCGGGAACCAAGUAAUAUUUAUAAUGAUAGUGAGAAAAGGAAUGAAAUGACUUCACCAUUUGAAUAACUUCUUACUUGCACCUAUAAAACCAGCAAGUCUCAACAAUAUGUCCAAACUAAUCCUAGAACCGUACUCAACGUACUUCUCUCUCCACAAACCCACCACUUUUUCGUCUCCAAUUUAGACAUUCUUUGUUUCUUACGAUAAUGGGUAGAUCCCCUUGUUGUGAUGAUCAGAGUGGUUUGAAGAAAGGUCCAUGGACAACCGAAGAAGAUCAGAAGUUGGUUGAUUACAUUAACACAAAUGGCCAUGGAAGCUGGAGAGCUCUCCCCAAGCUUGCAGGCCUCAACAGGUGUGGCAAGAGUUGCAGGUUAAGGUGGACUAAUUACCUGAGGCCUGAUAUCAAGAGAGGUAAAUUCUCCGAAGAAGAGGAAAGAGUUAUCAUCAACCUUCAUGCAGUUGUUGGGAACAAGUGGUCUAAGAUUGCUACUCAUCUUCCGGGGCGAACUGAUAAUGAAAUCAAGAACUUUUGGAACACUCACCUGAGAAAGAAGCUGCUACAAAUGGGACUUGAUCCAAACACCCACAAGCCAAGGACAGACCUCAGUCACCUUCUGAAUCUUUCGCAGUUGCUUAGCACGGCGAACGUUGGCAACAUGAUGACUAGUACUCCUUGGGACAAUGCACUAAGGCUACAAGCAAGUGCUGCACAGCUAGCAAAAAUGCAAUUACUGCAAAAUUUAUACAUGCAGGUUAUAAAUUCGUCAGUUGCACCUGAUAUAGACAACAAGACUAGUACUGGUCUUUUUGGUUCUCAGAAUAUUAACCUCUUUGGAGGGAACUUCAGCGGAGCAAGCACUAUGGUAAGAGGUCAAGAAUGGAAUCCUGAUAGCAUCCCUGGAGCACCUAAUGAGUUAAACACUAUUUCCAACUCACUGGAAGGGUUUGAAGGACUGAAUAGCAAUAUUAACACCAACUUGAUGAGCAGCUGCUAUGAUAUCCAGAGCUUUAAGAACCAAUUUUCUGAAUUAGUUUCAGCAUCAUCUCCUGGGAGUUCCACUACCAAUAACCAAAUCGAAAGCACGAGUACAGGUGAUAUUCCAGCUGCAGGUCAGUCAUCACCCACCUCCAUCUUUGAGGCUUGGGAGAAACUCAUGGAUGAUGAUACGAGUGAAUCCUACUGGAAAGAUAUUCUGCAAUCAAUGUCAUAAUCUCAUCAAAUCUAGCUCCUAGAAGAUAGGCCGUAUUAAUUUGAAGAACUUCCCAACUUCAUACAGAAAAAUACUGCAUUCGUUAUUCAUUAAUAAAGAUUUGUUUUUUUUUUUUUUCCUGUAAAAAAGUUCUUUGUUUGAUGCAGCUGUGUGAAAAGAUAUAUACCUCCACAUUCUUGUAAUUAAACUUUAUAUUUACAGAAGGCUUUACUUAUAUUGUACUUCCAGAGACUUGU